GUAGCUGCUGCAACUAUACUUACUUCAUGCAUGUUAAGAAAAAGUAAGAUGCAAACUCUCCUCCUAUUUGCCGUGACGCAACCCAGAGUCCUGGAACCGGAGCGCUGCUUCUCUUCUCCAACUGGCAACAGGCGUGUGCGCUUCAACCUCCCACUGUUCCCUCCCCCGUGACCGUUGUCCCGUUAGUGGGGUCCUCUAGGGCUCCCCAAGUAAAAGCAAGGAUCACACCCAAACAGCCGGAGGCAGGGGGAUGACUGAAAGAAGUUGGGUUAUCCAGAAAACCCGGCGGUUCUGACGGUGCUGUUCCAAGAGGCACAGCUCUACCAAAACGAACACUAUGAUGUCCGCUAUAGAGGCUGGUGUGUACCAACCUGCACAGCUGCUCAGCUGGGUCUAUAUGUCCUUGCAGGACACACAGAGCAGCGCCUUUGAAGGCUUCAAAGGCGACUCGGAAACUUCCCCUCAGGACACCAUCAACUCCAAGCGUAGCGCAGCUGAUCUCAGCUCCAACUAUCUCAACAACUUCUUCCAUCUCGGCAGUGAGGACUUGAACAACAAUUUCUACAAGCGGUCCUCACCCUACGGAUCCUUCAACAACAUUGUGGACGGCCUGAGCUCACUGGCGGACCAUUUCUCCGACCUCUCUCUCUCACCGGAGUCACGCAAGCCCAGCAAAAGGCCGCCUCCCAACUACCUGUGCCACCUUUGCUUCAACAAAGGACACUACAUCAGAGACUGCCCUCAGGCUCGACCGAAAGGUGAAGGCCUGACCCCGUAUCAGGGAAAGAAGAGGUGUUUCGGUGAAUAUAAAUGCCCCAAAUGCAAGAGGAAGUGGAUGAGCGGGAACUCCUGGGCCAACAUGGGGCAAGAAUGUAUCAAGUGCCACAUCAACGUGUAUCCUCACAAGCAGAGACCUCUGGAGAAACCGGACGGGCUGGAUGUGUCCGACCAGAGCAAGGAGCAUCCACAGCACCUGUGUGAAAAGUGCAAGGUCCUCGGCUACUACUGCCGCCGAGUGCAAUAACACACUCUGCUCCUCCAAAGAGCUUUAAAAAAAAAAAAAAAAGAAAAAAGAAAAAAAAGGGACAGCUAUAUUUUAAAUACUAAAAAAAAAAAUACACAAUAAGAAAUAGUUACUGUACUGUAAUGCAUCUAAUCAUUUAUUCUCAUGAAACAUCCUCUCUCGACACUGUGACUCUCAGUAUAAGAGCCUCUCUGUGGGGUUAAACGCCUCUGAGUGGAGAACUUUUCCAUCUCUGUAAGUUACUCAGUUAUUAGUAUGUGAAUAUUCAUUUGAAGAAUGAACCAAGUCUCUUACCAACUGUGAAUUAUUUGCUCUUUUGCUCCGCGUCCGUCUUCCCUCCAGCACGUCGGACAGGACAGCAAGGACUUUCCAGAUGAAGAUUCUAUUUUACAUGGUUGUAUAUUUCAGAAAUAACUUAAAUGUUUUGUUUUUUUCUGUAUAAAAUAUGCAAAGUCUUGACUAAGAAGGUUAUGCAGUAUUAAUGUGUACCUGCGUUAUCACCAGUACAGGGCGGGUACAUCGUUUUUUUAGAAUAUAUUUUGUAAGCCAUACUGUUUGCGUUCAAUAUUACACUUUGUGAAGGAAGGAAUAUAUUAGACAACUAACAUUUAAUCUUUAUAUACGGUUUACUACAGUUUGUUGUGAAAGCAGCUGUUUAUCAUUCCAAAGGGUUUAGGUGUUGUAAACCCUUAUAAUAUGGUAUUUUUAUAUAUAUAAAUAUAUAUAACAGAUUCACCAAAGUGCUUUUUUUAUGGGUCACGAUGCCUCAUAUGUGACAUGAGACAAGAAAAUAAAUGAAAAUCUGAAUGUACUAAGGUUCAUGGAGGAUUAAGCAGAAGGUUGCCCGUUAAUGUCGAAGGUAUUUUCUUCACUGGAUCAUUUUCCGUAGGUCGGGAACGCCCUCAGACGUGUGAAAUGCAAAUUAACGUGCCUUUUAUUUGAAAUAACCAAUGAGGUGAAGCCCCUUUCUCUUAAAAUGUUUUUUUACAUUAAAAUGUAUUUAAACAA